CGUUUUUAAAAAACUCACAUGCAGGUACAACAAAGAAACAUGUUUGGCAGAACAAGCCCAAUGGAUUGGCUUCUUAAACCGGCGUCUUAUUAAAUUGGGCUUAGAAGUUAACGGGUUCAUGACUCGUAGCUGGCCCAAUAUAUUUAACCCCAGAGACUGUACUUCAGAGUCCGCAUAAUCCCCGCUGCUUUUCCCUGAGAGACCGAAUUGGAGAUGGCGCCUGGAAGGAGUGAUGCCGAGAAGAAGUUGGAACAGUAUGAUCCGAUCGUCUCCCCCGAUGAUGAGGAGGAUUACGUCGUGGUAGAUUCUGAAGACGGCGAGGAUUAUGAUUUCGGAGAUGAUGGUAAUGGCAAUGAGAAUUCAAAGCAGAGCAAAUAUGAAAGGAAGACUCUUAAGGCCAUGUUGAAACUUGGCAUGAAACCUGUUUCAGAUGUUGUCACUAGGGUGGCUAUCAAGAGAUCAAAAAAUGAAUUUUUCAUCAUGUCAAAGCCGGACGUCUACAAAAGCACCACCUCGGACAGGUAUGUCAUAAUUGGAGAGGGGCGAGAGGCAAAGUUUGGAUAUCCGAACCCCCCAUUGAAGAGUCAGGUUGCCCACCUGGUAAAGCUGGCCGGAAUGGUUUCAGACAUUAACAAGCCCAAAAUCAUAUCAGAAGCAUCUGCACGGGUGGAGGGGGAGGAGGAGGUCAAUGAUACCAGAAUUAAACCUCGUGAUGUCGAAUUGGUUAUGUCACAAUUAGGGGUCUCAAGGAGCAAAGCUGUAAGAGCUCUCAAAAGCCAUGACGGAGACAUUGUGAAUGCAAUCUUUGAGCUCACUAAUUGAGCUCCUGGGAAUCAUGGUAGUUUUUCUGGUUCCCACAACCUUUGUGUCACAUUGUUUUUUUUGGGAGGGGGGGGGGACUACAGUACUUUUUAGCAUUAGGCUUUUCCAUUUGUUUUUGAAUGACUCUAGUUGCAGGUACCCUAGGUGUACACCAAGGUUGUAUCCUAAGUAGUAAAUCACAAGUGUGUAUUGCCACUUUGAUAGUUGACACCGUCACAAAAUGCUAGCGCAAUAAAAAAAUUGCACUACUAUUCUGUGUCAGCAUAAACACCAAAGUAUCUG